GCUGCUUCACAUCACCAGUGGCAAUGGCUCCCCGGAGUAUACUUCCAGGAACAUGUCGCCAUCUUAUCCCGCCUUGCACCUCCACAUCGACUGCGGUCAUGGAGCAACAGGAAGUGGUGUCUUUGAGGCUGUUCUUGGGGCGACCACAGAAGUCUUUAAGGCAUCAGAAUUUGGAUGGGUUUCUACCUUAGAAGGGUUCCUUCCUCAAAUCUUCCCCUGCCUUAAAAGCUGUGGAUUUGAAUUGGAAUUUACUCGCGAGCGGUACCGGGUUGCCACACAAAUCCACACGGAUGAAGAUUUGUCGGUCUCGAUGGCCGAGCUCAUUGACAUGCUUCGGAGAUCUAAAAACAAUCCAUCCAUUAUUUCCGAUCGCGUUCUAGAUAUAGUUAUACAUGUCUUACAAGAACUUGCUACUGCACCGCAGGACUCCAAUAACACGCCCACGUCAGCGCGAAAGAACCUGACGAAUAGCGUUCAAAAGUACUUUGCUCCACCUACUGAGGUGUUUGCGUCGUUGAAGUCGUUGGUCUCAGCGAUACAAACACUUGCUGUGAUCUGGUGUAUCUUCGAACUCUGGGGGCUUGGCGACAGUAUCAUCAUUCGGUCGUUUACUUGUAGUCCAAUUCCCUGGACCGCAUCCACCAAGGUGGAUUGGGAAGAGAUUUUCCAUAAACGGCAGUUGCAGCCUGAAUUGAUUCUCGGUAUGCCGAUAGUCGAAGACUUUGGUGCCUUCGGAAAUAACGAUAGACUGGGGAUUAUAUUACUUCGAACACUGAGUCGACAACUGGCUUCCUACACCACCAUUGUGGGCAAGUUUCCUCCAAUGCUGUUACGAGCGACAGCGACGAGUGCGGGAGGCACCGGAACAGAUAUCAAUCAACCUACCAGCGCUAGUGUAGGCGAGCUGUUGGCCGAUCUCAAUGAAGAUACCGUCCACUCUAGAACACGCAACGAACCGACGUUGUGGAAGGCCGAUCGCGAUAUGGUCGUGUUGGAAACAAAUAUCGACGACCUAACACCCGAGCGGCUUGCCUUCUGUACAGAACAACUUCUUGGUCAAGGAGCGGCAGAUGCUUGGACGACACCAAUAGUCAUGAAAAAGGGACGAGCGGCACAAACGCUGCAUUGCUUGUGUCGGGAGUCAGAGCAGGAUAUCUUACUACGCUGCAUUUUUCGAAAUAGUACGACAUUGGGAGUCCGUAUACAACGACUGAAUCGUGUGGCUUUACGUCGGGAAAUUGUGAUAGUGCAGACUGAGUGGCGGGGAACCGCCUCUUCGGGACUGGUCGAUGUUAAAGUUGGCCUUCUGGAAGAUGAAAUUGUUUCUGUAAAGGCUGAGUUUGAUCACUGUAAGAGUAUUGCUUUGGAAGCCGGUGUUUCGAUUGAGACUGUAUCGCUACAGGCAGUGCAGUUGGCGAGAAACAAGGUGAAUAUGUAGAUGGAAAUAUAAACUUCGAGAAAAUUCGGUAUUCGGGAUGAGCUGGGGUGAAAUUUUCGCUAUAUGGGAAAAAUCACACUUAUUAUAAGUGUUUUUAUCCUCGUGGGAAAAUUGUAUAUGUAAUCUUUUUAAUUAAGAACAAUC